AUGCACCUAAGCAAUGAUGUUCAUCCUGAUGCGCCACCAUCAUACGAGAGUCUUUACGGUAGAGGCGGCCAGUACCAAACGUCCCAAGCCUGGGCGACAGAGAGAGCAGAACCUCCACUACCUGCUCGGCCAAGACAAAACACAUAUACGCGAAACCAGGGUGAAGCGGUCAUAGAGAUAACCCUGCAUCCCGAGCCUCUAGUCCACCAACGACGACACCAGCCAUGGUUUGGCAAUCUUCGGGUGAAAUGCGACCAUGUGCGGCGUGUCAUGUACGAUGGUUUCCACUGGAAACCUUCCAAUAUCGUAAGAUCCGAGAGCUACUAUGAAUCCGGUAUUAGGGAUCCACCCUCUUACCUUCAGCAAUCGUACGGAACUAUAAGAGACUGGAACCCUGGAUGGACGGAGGCGCGGCAUUUUAUAAUGAGGGAUUUGAAACACGAGCCACCGCAUUGGGUUGCGAAGCUAAGUGUGUACGCGAAGGCUGUUGAUAUCCUAGAGGUGGCGGAACUAGAGGGACUGAGGGUCGAGAAUAUGGUCGGUAUGCGUGGAUACGGCCGCUUUGGGGAGACACUAUAUCGUUUUGAUUCACGUGAGCCAUUGUCAGGCAAGAACAACGUGUAUAUACAUGAGGGCUACUUGAUCUUUGGUCCUCGGCUGCCUUUUGCGAAUGACAUACUUAAGAAGGCAACGAAGCAGGUUGUAAGAGGACUGGUUCGUUAG